AUGGAUCUCGACGCAACGGACCUUGAAACAGCAGAUUUUGUUUUACAGACUGCACUGCAAGAUGUUGAAGAGCUUUUGAGGUCACCAGCCCGCAAUGGAAAUUAUAGAAGAGUGCGAAUUGAUGAUCACGAUUGUGCUCUUCUGCAAUGGAGAUCUGAGCUUCGAGUGCGAAGAAGAACCCAACAGGACCGUCGAGAAGCGAUCCAGAUAUCGAGACAAUCACGUUUCAGUCAGGCCGCAAUUCUUCGAGGUAUUCGAAAUCGUGAGAUAAAUGGUGCUCUAGCAGCUUGCGCACCUCCAAUGCAAGCACAUCCUCCAACGCAAGACUUUAUUCCUAACCCAGAUGCUCAGGUACAAGUCCGACAGCGAGCGAAUGUCACAGCUACUGCGACAGUACCUCCUUCUGGUGUCUUGCGGGAGUACGUCGCAUACUCGGACAGUGAUCCCGGGUCCAACAUGUUUGAAAAUAGCUGCUUACAUGUAUAUUGCCAAGAAUGUGUCAUCCGCCUUCUCCAAAAUUCCCUGGCCGAUGAAAGCUUGUUUCCUCCUCGUUGUUGUCGUUUACCUUUGCCACUAGAAUCUGCGCGUGGCUUCAUUGAUGAUGCGCUAUGGGCAAGAUUCGAGGAAAAAUCGAUUGAAUACGGAGAUCAGUUUCGUACUUAUUGCUCGGAAUCUGCUUGCUCUCGAUACAUUCUACCAACUUAUGUCCAUGGCACAAUCGGAAAUUGCAGAUCGUGCAACCACCAAACAUGUACCCUUUGCAAGAAGAUCACUCACCAGGGAGAAUGUGUUGAUGAUCGGGCAGAGGUCCUAGAGCUUGCAAGAGUAGAAGGGUGGCAAAGAUGCUCGAAUUGUAGUCAUCUCGUUGAGCUUCGUAGCGGCUGCAAUCAUAUAACAUGCCGUUUCCAGCAUGAAUUCUGUUAUGUGUGUGCUAUACCCUGGAAGCAAUGUGAAUGCGCCCACUGGGACGAGGCCAGGCUCCAAGAGCGAGCGGAGCUGAUUGCGGCUCGGAACCAGCCCACUCACCCUGCGCCGCAGGCUGUUGAGCAAGCAGCUCAAUUCCUAAUCGCCCGGCAUGAUUGCGAUCACGAUGUAGGUUGGAAAAAGCUCAAUAUCUCUGCCGAAUGUGAGGAAUGUGGUGACUGGAUGCCUGAUUUCAUUCUCGAAUGCAGGAAC